GCAAAAAGACGGCUACUAAGGAUAUGCCAGGCAUCAGAAGUAUAAGAACUUCACGUACGGACCCUGCAGUGGGACUGGUAGUGUCCCUGUCCAUGGUGCUGAUAGCCAUGCUGGGCUUGGCUGUUGUUACGGCCGGACAGGAGCCGGUGUCCAUGAUCCCUCACUGUCCGCUGUUCAGUAACCGUGCGCCAAGGAAACAACACAUGCUCAGUAAAUGUAAAAGAUAUCGUGAGGAGGCCUGCUGUUUUCAGGAGGAGAUAGACAGGUUCUUCCCCAGGGUGCCAAACCCUAGAGGCGCGAGUAAGAACUGCAGGGAUCACAUGACGUCCCUGAAGUGUUAUAUCUGCUCCCCGAAACAAUUUCUCUUCUAUAGGAACGAGAGGGUGACAGUGUGCGAGGAGUUCUGCAACAAAUGGUACGAGGCGUGUAUGAAUGCCACCAUUGAGGGUGAGCGAAUUGGAGAAUGGUACUCUAACGGCAAGCAGUUCUGUGAAGGGAGGAAGUUCUCCGUGAUGUCCGCCAAGGCCAUGGAGUACGACUUCCAAUGCUACAGCUACAACUACGAUGAAGAACAGGGGAACUCCUCUGCGCGUCUGUUCACUGGAUGGAAACUCGCUGUAUCCAAUCUUCUUUGUGUGCUGGCAGCUACGCUAGUUUGGACACCGGGUUAACAAGAUAGCAAUGGUCUAUCAGAUCUGAAAGGUUAUGCAUAGGCUUACGUUGUUGCGAUCUUGGACGGUAAAAUUAUAUGGGCUGACAGCCCAAUGCAGAUCAAAAGUACGUCCCGAAAGUUUGACUCGUGCGAAUGAUUGUAUGCAGUAAGUACUUUACGACCAUACUGCAAUCAAAGGACACGUUAGGAGGACUAUAAAAGGACGUGUUGAAAGAGAAGAGGAAAUUCUCAGUGACCUUUACGACGUCGAAGUGGACGGUGAAUAGGACGCGUACUAUGUCCUGACUCCAGGCUGUACGGACAAUGUCUACAUUAAUCGCAAUAUGAUCAUGAAGAAAUAAAGACACUGUCAAUAUUUUAUGAGUAGUG